CCACAUGAUCCUCUCUUCACGUGUAUCAUAUCAACCAUCAACAAGAACACAAGAACUUCCUCAAAAAGAAGUACUUAACUCACUGUUUUUUCGCAUUACAUUCAAUAUUCUGAGGGUUGUCUCUUUUGUCUCAGUUCGGUCUUUAUACCUAGUUAGGGUCGUCAAGCUUUGUUUUCGUGACAUUGCAGUUUUGAUCACUCGUGAUCAAUUGAAUGGUUGUUUAACAACAUCAUCUGACCUUGAUCUUGCCUCUUUUUUCCCCAUCAAUAAUUCGAGUGGUUGGUGAUUUAACAAUAUCAAAAAGUUCCAUCAUCCAGAUUUUACAUUUGGUCGCGUUCCCACAAGAGCCUCGGGCAAGGAAGGGAGGAAAGAAAGAUAACAACCACCCAACCGAUCAUUAGGUGAUCAUAAUAAAAAAACAAGGUGCUACGUCGAAGGACACAGAAACGUUCGUUUCGAAGAUCACGGCGACGAACUACUGCAGCUGAGCGCCUCGAAGCAUUAGAGCGAGUCACCGAUACGUCUCCAUUGCUUCCGUAACAGCCGUCCCCUUUGCACUAGAAGAAGACGGUCGUUGCACUUGUGCCAACCUCGGUAGACACGUCAUUAAAUCGCGAAAGAUCAAGUUCAGCCUUAAAUCUAUCUACCAACCCCUCGAGGUCAUCUGCGCCUUACGAUCGUUAAUUCCUCACAUCCCCCACAAAUCACCGUGCAAGGCUCGUCACGAGGACAUCAGAUUAUCGCAAUGGCAGACAUGGACCUUGAACAUUCAGGAUUGCAGGAGGUAGCAAAUGCUAUGCGGGAAGAGAAUGCUAACAUGAGCAACACUGCACAAAAGCGGAAGCGGGACUCUGAAUCAGCUGAUGACACGAGGCGCCUUAACAACAAGCGUGUUUCCCCGAAUUCUGUCAAUGACUCCGGUGACCAAUCGUUGGUCAAUCAGCAGAUCGGUGAUGUAGAAGCCCUGCAAAACUAUGCCAACCUUCAGCACAAUCAACAAAUUCAUCCCGACCAUCAAAAUGGUGCCGCAGAUCAUGCAAACGCCUCAUCUACUGCCGCUGCGGCACUUGCUGGAAUCUAUCCAACCAUGACAAUUCCACAACCAACAGAUGUCUCUUUUGCUUCUCAAGCCUCCGAGAACGAUCGUCACCAGGAUUCAUCUUUUAUGGAUAAUAGCCAGCAGCCCGACAAUAGCUUCAUGGACAAUUCGCAACAGCAACAUCAAUCUCAAAAUCGAAGUUCUGGUUCAAAACCUGUUGUAGGAUCUGAUGAAUGGCAUAAGGUCCGAAAGGAUAAUCACAAAGAAGUUGAGAGACGUCGCCGAGAAACCAUCAAUGAAGGUAUCAACGAGUUAGCGAAGAUUGUACCCGGAUGUGAGAAAAACAAAGGAUCUAUCCUACAAAGAGCUGUUCAAUUCAUCACCCAGCUCAAGGAGAAUGAGACUCAAAACAUUGAGAAAUGGACACUUGAGAAGCUUCUCACUGAACAAGCCAUUGCGGAACUCAGUGCUAGCAAUGAUAAGUUGAAGACAGAAUGUGAGAGAGCAUGGCGUGAAGUUGAGACGUGGAAGAAGACAUGUCAAAGUGCUGGUUUGGCACCCAAAAAGGAAGAUGCUGGUGCUUCCGAUAAUUAGAUGAUGACGGAGUCUUGAGAAUAUUGGGCGGUCUUCUCCUACAUUGUUGGUCCCAAUGCGAUAAGAUGAUACCCUUUAAAGACAAUGUUUUCGAGCCUUUGUGUAUCAACUUAUCACUUUUCAUUGUUUCUUUGGGAGAAGUAGGGAUUUUGGAGAUGGUUAGGUAGCUUUGCUUUUAUGAUCCCUCUUGUUUUCAUGCGGGACCGGUUGGAGGAAUGAUCUCGAAUGGAAAAUUCGGGAAUCACAUUUUCCCCCUUACUCUUUUACCUAUGGCGUUUGAGAUGAUUUUUCCUAUCUAGCUUCUUGUUCGACAACCAAAUUCAAAUUUUCAUUUUAUCUCGAAAUGCGGCAUUCUGCAGAUAGAAAGCUAUUCAGUUUUUGAGGUACAUAAUUUUGCCCCACUACAGUACUUGACAUCUUUACUUAUCUAUGGAGAUCGAGAUGGCGAUAUGCAUG